AAUACAACCCAUAUUAGCCAAGUUGAUGCAUGACGAAUAUCUUUCAUGAACCAUUAGUGAUCACGAGUCAAUAAGUUUUUGAUUAAUUAUAAAUUCACCAAGUUGUUUUUAAAUAAGUGACCAACUCUUUAUAUUCAUUUUGACUACCCUGAAAUCUGCUCAGUGCAUCUUUGGCCAACAAAGGACCGCAAUAAUUAGAAAUGAAUCUCCUCUGGAUCACUACCUUCGCAGUGACAGCAGCCUAUUUUGGGGGUGUCACGGCCACUGCGCCUCUGAAAGGCCAAGAACACACAAGGCUCACGUCUGAAAAGUAGGCAGCUCUGGACAAACUCAAGGCUCGAGUACUUGAUAAAAUUAAGGAGGAUUAUAUUAAAAAUGAUCUCUACAUUCUGAAAUUCCUUGCUGCAAAAGAUUUCAAUGUGGAUAAAGCGGAACUUUUAUUGCUUAACGUGAUACAAAUAUAUCGUCAAUCGUCAUUAUAUUUUAAUGAAUUUUUACAAAAUCUAUGCAAAUACUGUAUUUUUACAUAUUUAUAGCACAUUGCAUGGCGUGAGGAAAAUAAUAUGCAAAACAUUCUCAAAGAAAAUUUCUCUGACUUGGAAAAGGAUUUUCCCUACACAAUCCAGGGCAAGGAUAAAGAAGGCAGACCGUUAUUGUUGAUGGAUUUUGGAAAAUGGGAUAUCAACAAAGCUGCCCAGAAAGGGGAACUGGAUCGCGUACUCCGCUAUUUUGACCGUAUGAUGGAGGAGGCUGAAAUGGAAGUUGCAAAGAUGCAAAGUUCUGGAAAAAAUGUUACUCAAUGGACUUGGCUGGUAAACCAGGAGCGUACAGCCCAUGUAAACCUCCCCAGUGCAAGGUUUUACUGGUACACGGCCAACGUACUGGAACAAAAUCAUCCCGCUAUGGCAUCGAAACUUUUUUUGCUAAAUUCACCACCAGUGUUUAACGUCGUGAUGAAAUCUGUACGGCCAAUUAUGCCAUCAUUCUCGAACGACAUUUUCCGGAUGUAUGGGGACGAGUCCGAGUGGAAGAACCAAGUGCUCGAUUUGGUGGAUGCGAGUCAGUUGCCCCCUUCCUACGGAGGAGUGAAGGGUCUCUCCAAAAACAAUGCCAAAAAUAAUUUACUCGUAGGCACCUUCCAAAAGGAGGACGAUGGAAGUUGGUGGUGGGCAAAAAUAUUCGGCUAAUAAAAUCAAUGAUCCGAUCAAUUAUUGCAUUAAGAGGGCAAAUUAAAUAAUUCUUCAAGCUACUAUAUUUCAAUUUUACUGUGUAAAUGAAUAAUUUUAUCAUGAAAUAAAUUGUAUGAGAAUUGUAAA